CUUCUCAGAAGUUGGUCAAUACCAGCUAGAACCAGAAGCGGACUAUUAACAUGAUUAAAAUAAUUUGAGUCUGCAUUAUCAUUAUGUCAGACUGUAAUGAUUGUUAGGUUUAUCACGAAGACACUAUUUGCGAAGCCACGGACAAAUUUUCUACUUAAUAAGAUGGAGGAUUCCAAAGUCAGAGCUUUAUGUGACGAAUUCUGGGACUGGAGGAUGCGUCAAAGUCCGGAGUUUGCCUCAUUCUGCGGAGAUCAGAGAUAUUGUCAUCUUUUGGAUGAUAUCGACCCAGACAAUUUUGAGGAGUUUGAGGAAGAUGUUUCCAAAAUGUUAGAGAAGGCAGAAGCAAUUGAAGUAAAGAAUUGUUCCAAACGUGCCAGGAAUGCCCUCUUACUUGUGAAGGAUCAGAUGGACACAUUUGUAGAUGGAAUGAAGCAUAAGUGCUGGUAUUUUCCAAUCAACUUUAUGGAUGGGUUGCAUGCAGAUGCUCCUAAAGUAAUGAGUACCUGCCCAACCAAAACAGAAGAAGACUUCAAAAAUCUGAAUAAAAGAAUUAGAUGUUAUGAAAAGAAGGCCAAAAGUUGUAUACACCUUCUGAAAGAGGGAGUGGACCACGGUCAUGUUAACCAUCUAUACUCAAUAGAGGGUGUACCAGAUCAGUUAGAUCUGUUGAUCAGUGCUGAACUGACUCCAGAAACAGAUGUUUUUCUAGCACCUUACAAAAAGUUUCCUGCAUCCAUUGAUCCCUCUAUAAAAGAACAACUUUUAGAAGAAGCAAAAGACAUAAUCCAAAACAUUGUAAGACCAGCAUUUAAAGAACUGGCUGAAUAUAUAGAAAAUGAUUAUAUGAAGCACUUGCGUGAAGAUAUAUCCAUUCACUCCCUCCCGAAUGGGGAGGAGUUAUACCAGGAUUGUCUAGAUUUCCAUCUUUCUUUCUCAAUGACCCCACAGCAAGUGUUUGACAUUGGGACGGCAGAGGUGGAGAGAAUCACGCAGGCGAUGCACAAGAUCACCCUUGAGGAAGGCUUCGGAACAGAUAUUAUGAAGUUUAAAGAAGACAUAGUCAAGAGGGAGGAGUUCCAUUGCAAAACUCCUGAGGAGCUGAUAGCUUAUGUCAAACAUAUAUGUUUUGACCAGAUUCAACCAAAGUUACCACAAUUAUUCUUUGAAUCUCCAAAGUCCAAGCUAAAGAUUGAGCCGACUCCCCCGCUGAUGGAUGAUGGGCCUGUGGCAUUCUACUUCAAUGGUUCCCCCGAUGGCUCUAGACCUGGUGUGUACUAUAUCAGUACAUCUAACUUGGAAGUAAAUCCAAAAUAUGAACUACCAGCUUUGUGUUUACAUGAAGGAGAGCCUGGGCACCAUUUUCAGGGAAUGAUUUCUAUGGAAAUGAAGGAGCUACAUGCUUUUAGGAGAGCCAACGAAGAUCUGAAUUAUGCUUGGGUACCUUCUAGAUUUCCAAUGUAUACUGCAUAUUUAGAGGGUUGGGGACUGUACUGUGAAUACCUAGGAGAGGAACUUGGAUUAUACGAGUAUAACUACACAUUGUUUGGAAGGUAUUGUGGAGAGAUUCUGAGAGCUGCACGUCUUGUAGUCGAUACAGGGAUCCAUGCUUUUGGAUGGACGUAUGAGGAGGCUUUGAAUUACAUGGUAGAAAAGACUUUCUUGGAUGUCAACACUUUAGAGAUAGAAGUUAAAAGAUAUGUAACCUUACCAGGACAAGCGUGUGCUUACAAGAUAGGAGAAAUCGUACUUAAGAAUCUACGACAGAAAGCCAGUCUAGCAUUAGGAGACAGAUUUGAUGUCCGAGAAUUCCACUCCGUUGUACUACGAUGUGGGUCAGUGCCAUUGAAAUUUCUAGCGCAAAAAGUUGACGAGUAUAUCAGAGACACUCUAGAAGAACCCUAGGAAGCCGUAGGAAAUAGAUGUUAUGAUUAGGAAUACAAUGAAAACUUUUUUUGUCAGGACUAUGUGUACUUUUCAUAAUUAUUUAUUUUGCUUUUUAUUUGUUUUAUGUACAAUACCAAACUAUAAAUUCAGAAAUUCAAAGAAAUGGUUUAAAUUCAAUUUAAGGGUCCAUAAGAAUUCUCAUAUGUGCUCUAUAGUAAUCACUGUCACUGCCCAGCCAAUUUAUUCUGUUUUUUUUCCCUAACUGCUUUUCUUCUUUUUUUUUGUCCCAUGAUUUUUAAAUUUGAUGUGUUGGUUGAAAAUUGAUUCAUUUUGUCAACCAAAAGACUCAAUGGGAGUAAAAGAUUCCUUUAUUUUUGAAUGAAACAAUUUGUAAACAGAUUUAAACAAAUAUUAAAGGAUGACAGCCACAGUUAGUCACUGUCCAAUUGUUUUGCAUGUUGCAGAAAAUCCAGAGCCCAAUAGGCACCAGAUCCCACCUCUGCGAUUUCCAGGGUUCCCGUUUCAUGCCCUCUUCACAUAUUGAUGUUGUUAAUGGAUCUCUGUUUGUUACCUUUACUGUUUACAUUACACAGUGCUAUUGUGAAUCUCCUAAUUUGCAUAUUAAUGAAAACAGAUAUUUGAUGUUUUCCAUUAUACUAAUAUGAGAGAUGAGUAUUUUGUGAGAUCAGUGCUUCACAGUACCUUUAGAUUUAAGAUUAAUUGACCACUUGUCAGCUGGUGAUACUUGUUUUU